AUGAGUUGUUUUAUUAAUGCGGAAGUCAUAGUAGUUAAUUCUAAUUUGGAUAAUUCUGCAGCUGAUUUAGCGCUAACCGGUCCUUUGACGGCUGGGGGUGUAAUUACGUUACGUUCAGCCAUUGAAUUUGCUAAUUUUAUUGGGGGUUCUAAUGUUAUUAAUUUUAAUAUUCCUGCCACUGGGGUAGUUAUCAUUCCCGUUGGCACUGGCGAUGGUGUUGAAGGUGACCCGUUGCCCGAAAUAUCCACUUCGCUAACAAUUGACGGUUAUUCCCAGCCCGGAGCUACACCAGCUCAAGUGGCAUGUAAUGCGGUUGGAUUUGAAGUGGCUCAACUUUUAAUAAUUCUCAAUGGCGGUGCGGUUACUAAUGGUAUUUUUCAAAAUGGUUUAACUUUAGUAGGUGGUUCUGAUUCCUCAGUAAUUAGAGGUUUGGUUAUUCAAGAAUUUCCGGCUAAUGGUAUUGAUCUUAAUGAUGGCUCUGCUCAAAAAAUAGUUGGUAAUUAUAUUGGAACAAAUGAAACGGGGACAAGUGCUGUGCCUAAUGGCGGAAAUGGUAUAAACAUUACGAGUGUAACGAGUGAUGUAUUUAUUGGCUCUCUCUUGCUUGCAGAUAGAAAUAUUAUAUCCGGUCAGACAUUGCUAACGGGAGCUUUUCCGGUGAGUGGUGUUGGUAUUUAUACUGAGGGAUCUGAUGCUCAAAUAAUUGGGAAUUUUAUAGGAACUGAUUCUUCAGGAACACUUUCAGUACCGAAUCGUACAGGCAUUUAUAUAUUUAAUCCUAUAUCUGCAACUGCUCUUAAUAAUACUAUUAAAUGUAAUACUAUACAAAAUAAUAAUGGAACCGAAUCGCUUGAGGGUUUUGGUGUUAUUAUUAAUGGUGCAACCGACAAUCCUAUUCUAUCUAAUUCGAUUUCAGGUAACGCAAAAAAUGCAAUUGUUCUGGUAAAUGAUGGAAAUGAUAAUUUGCCAGCACCUACGCUGAUUUCUGC